AUGUCGUCGUACAGGCUUUCUUCGCAGUCGCAGAGACGCGUGGCGUCGCGGCUGAGCGCGUCGGCGGAGGUGGCGGUGGGAGCCAGCGGGAGCGGGAGCAGCAAGGGGAGGAAGAAGAAGGCUCCGGUGGCGAGGAGGGGGGUGCAGUACUACGACGACGACGAGGCAGCGCCGGGACAGGCGGCGGCGCCGUUCGACUGCUUCAUCAACCACCGGGGAGCCGACACCAAGCGGACGGUGGCGCGGCUGCUGUACGAGCUCCUCGAGGACGGCGGCGUCCACGCCUUCCUGGACAACAAGUCGAUGCGCCCCGGCGACCGCCUGGAGGAGCGGAUCGGCGCGGCGAUCGGCGAGUGCAGCGUCGCCGUCGCCAUCUUCUCGCGGCACUACUGCGACUCCGAGUACUGCCUCCGCGAGCUCGCCAUGCUCGUGGAGUCCCGCAAGACGAUCAUCCCCAUCUUCUUCGACAUCAAGCCCUCCGACCUCAUCCUCCCGCAGGCGCUCGUCGACAACGUCGCCCACCCGCGCGACAUCGAGCGCUUCAAGUUCGCGCUGAGGGAGGCGAAGAACACGGUCGGUCUAACCUACGAUCCAGCCACAGGAGAUUUGGCGGAGCUCGUUUCAGAUGCUGCGAGAGCAGUCAUGGAGAACAUUGACAGGCAGGAGAUCACGCAAGGAAGACAGAUGGUCAUGUCCAGGCUGUAGUUUGAACAGUUCAUCGAUCGCGUCUACACCACGUACAAUUCAGGAGAGGAGGAGACUAGCAGGAGUAAAUUUUAGCCUGGGACGGAUUCGUUCAUUCUUUGUAGUUAUUUUUUGGGCAAAUAAAUUAAUCGGGAUUAAAUUUUUUUUCGGUGAAUAAAUAAAUCAGCAUUAUAACUAUUACGUAAAAAAUAAGUAAUUAAUGCAGCACUGACUAGCUAGCUAGCUAGCAGACGCUCCAUGCAUGAAUAUAUGCAUGAGAACUGGAAUUUGCAAAUAAUUAGACAGGAAUAUGUGUUUAUGUCAUUAUGUGUCAUUAUGUGUAUGUACAUGAUGUAUACAAAUUAAU